GGAGUUGAUCUGCGUUGUUGUGUUGUGGAUCAUCCGUCCGAGAAGAACGGUCUUCAUCGGGUUUCCUCAACCAACAGUGACACGUUUUUGACCACAUUUCAAAGAACUACGGCGGCUGAAUUGAAGAAAGCUGGUCACAAAGGCAAAAAAGAUCAGUACGCGAAAACCCUGGUCACCAUGGAUCCCAGUACACAUAGUAUGCUCCAGUUUGUGACUCAAGGUGAGAUUGAUCCGAAUGAAUUGCAUUUGGGGGAAGCGGAUACGGCCGUGUACGAAAAAUUGGCCAAUAUGGAUGAACUUGAACCUAAUUGGUACUGUUCACUGCAGCUGUGGCUCGAUUAUCGUGUGCUCGAAUACCACUAUCACCCACAUACACUGUUGCAAAUGUAUGUGCCAAGGCAGACUUGGAUCAAUCGCAGUCUUCGUCUGAAAUAUCGAUAUCUUUAUCGUUGA